AUGCCCGGCGACGGCAGCUUCCGAUACCGCGAUGGUAUUGCAGUCGCCCAAGUCAUUGCAUUCUUCGCCUCUCUCCUUUUUAGCUUCUCGUUCUAUUACCUUGGCCGAAUCAGCUGGUUCUGCAUCGCCGUGUUCUCACUCAUCCGCCUCGUCGGCGCCAGCUGCAUGCUAGGCACUAUCAACAAUGACUCCGAUGGUCUCUGGGCAGGUGUAUUUGUCUGUGAAUCACUAGGCAUGAUUCUAAUCAUUUUCUUAUUACUUGAGAUGUUAGAGUGGAUAAAUAAAUCUACCCCCACAAUACAUCGUCGAAUCUUCAUCAUCCCUCAAAUCAUCACCUGGAUCGACAUCGGCAUUUCCAUUACAGGCUUCAUCAUCGUCACUCACAAGGACCAUGCCCUCCUUCCGACUCCGUACAGUCGUGUCGGAAUCACUUUGGUCGCUGCUAUUUAUCUCUGGAUGGUGGUCACGUUUGUGGUGUUUUGGCUACGUCGUGGAUACUAUUCUUCCAUGGAACGAAGGGCCUUGAUGUGUGUUGCGGCUUGGAAAUUCGACGGCGUAUUUGACUAUGACUAUGUUCCCGGAGGUGGCGAUCAUUGCAUUGAGUAUAUGGUCGAUUUGGGGGAUUCCGUUGCUGUCAAAGGGUAG